AUGGCCUGCCGAGUCGCUGCAGAAGCGGGCUCGGCCAAAGUCAUCAUCAGUGGCCGUACAAAACCAGAAAAGAUACCAUAUGCUAACAUGGAAUUCCGGCCUCUUGAUGCAACUUCCAUGUCACAGAUCAAGAAAUACACUGAUACAUUCAAAUCUGUUCCUGGCCGAGAGCUGGACCUUCUCAUCAUGUCACAGGGCAUCAUGUCCAUGGCUGGGAGAACCGAAGUAGAGGGUAUCGACCGAAAGAUGGCCCUGCACUACUAUGGCAAGCAACUACUCAUCCGCGAGCUUCUUCCAGCACUCAAGCCAGACGGCAAGGUCAUUAUUGUGUACGAUGGCAAGACUGGUAACCCCAACAAGCUAUUAUGGGAUGAUCUGGACUUGAAGCAGCACUACGGCCUCGGCACUGCAGCGAAUAACUGUAUGGUGAUGAACGACAUCAUGAUCCAGUUUUAUGCUUCCUCUCAACAGCAGGAUACAAAAGAUGAGAAAAGGCGACAUUUUGUCCAUGCAUACCCUGGUGGCGUUGAUACAGGUCUUUUGAGGAAUCUCCCAUGGUAUCUGCAGGCUCUGGCCCGUAUCCUAGCUCCUUUGAUUACCGUAACCCCGGACACAUGCGCUCAGUACCUACUGAAUGGGGUUUCUGAAAGCGCCGCCGCAGCAGCAGCUGAUGCCGAGGGUGGGGGUAAAUAUUGGAGUAACAUCGACAACAAAGGGCGUUUAAUUACGGACAAGGCGGUCUGGAAUGAGGAACAAAUGAACACAGUGGCGAAUCACACUUGGAAUUUGAUUGAUGAAGCAAUUAAGUCUGGUUGA